CUACUUCUUCGUCUUCCUAACAAACACUGAUAAAAAUGCGCAACUCCCACACUUUUAUUCGCCGAGAAUCGCUCUCUCACUCUACCUUUUCUUAUGCCGUCUCACUCACUCAUUCACUCACAACUUACUUUACUUGUGUUUUUUCUUCUUCACCAUUCUUUCACCUUCCAUUUCAGAUGGAGGGUUAUAGCAAUUCCGACGUAGGUUGUGACGAAGAAAGUGUACUGGUGACUCCAUAUCAGAAGCAGGUGUUGCUGAAGUCUGACCUUCAACCUCGCAGUAUUGACUUGCCUCUUAGCUCUGGUGGUGAUAAUAGCUCUGUGACUUCUAUGAAAGAGGAUUGUGAAUCACCUUUAUCAUCAUGGGAAUCAGAACCUGAAUUUGAUAUUCCAUCUGUAAUCAAUUGCCAUGGCAUGCUUGAGGGACCCAAUGAACUGAAUGAGAAUUGUGAUAACAUGGAACAACAAGAUCAAUUUGUUGGGGUGGAAAAUACAGAUGAUAGUUUAUUGUGGGAGAUAGACAAUAGAAGUUAUGAUGAGUUGCUCGUAAAGUUCAUUCAUUCUGAGCAAGAGCUAAGAGUUGCCAAUUUUAAACUUCAGCUUUCGGAACAAGAGAUUAUCAAGUUGAAUGUUCAAAUUGAGAAAGGUGAGGAUCAGCUUGAUGAUGUGCGGGAAGAAUUGAAGCUGAAAGAGGAGGAGUUGCAUAAACAAAAAGAGCUUUCAGAAGAAGAGAUUUUCAAGUUGAAGAUUCAAAUUGAGAAAAGUGAGGGUCAGCUUGAUAAUGUGAGAGAAGAAUUGAAGCUGAAAGAUGAGGAGUUGUAUAUACGAAAAGAGCUUUCAGAAGAACAGAUUUUCAUGUUGAGUAUUCAAAUUGAGAAAAGUGAGGAUCAGCUUGAUAAAAUGAGAGAAGAGUUAAAGCUGAAAGGCGAGGAGUUGCAAAAACAAACUGCUGAAUUGGAGACUCAUAUUCCAGAUUAUGUCUGCAGGAUUGCAAAGUUGGUGGAUGAUCUAGAGAUAGCUAAUGAACAACUCAAGAUAUCAAAAGAUGAAAUUGAAGUUUCAAGAAAGGAACUUGAUAAUAAGUCAUCUGAGACUCAUCAAUUGGAAGAUCAGCUUAAAGUAGCACAGAAAAAUAUGGCUAAUUUAGAAAGUGAGCUUGUUGAGGAGGAAAAGCAGAUUCAAAUGCUUGAGGAGUUGGUUAAGUGGUAUGAGGCAAAUGAAACUAACCGCAACCUUGAAGUGAAAAAAUUGACAGAUAAAAUUCUUGUUUCAGAGGCAAAAUUUGCUUCCGAGAGAGAUACGUUGUAUUCUGAUAUUGAAAGUUUGUCUGAUAUGAAAAUGAAUUUGAACUCUAAACUCAAGGAUUCAGGGUCUAGAAACAUUGAAUUAGAAAACAAAUUAAGAAAAUGUGAAGCUGAAAAAAUGGAACAAGAAAAGUUGCAUGAAAGUCAACAAAUAGUUUUGCAAGAUGAUAUCCGUUCUUUGAGAGAAGAACUUAAUCAGAGAAGAAACGAUGUAGAAGCUGUGAAUAAGAAAUUUGUCAUGCUAAUGACUGAAAGAGAUGAAGCUAAUGCAAAGAUUGAUAAGCUUAAUGCUGAGAUAUGCUCUCGAGACGACCAGAUAACAAGUCUGAUGGAAGUGAUUCACAAGCUAAAAACACUACAGAAGGAGCUGGUGACCAGAUAUAAAACUAUAGUUGGAGAACUUCAAAAAGAGGUGACUAGACAGAAUGGUGUGAUCUCAGAAAGGAAUGAGGAGAAGAGGGAAGCAAUUCGACAACUAUGUUUUUCACUUGAGCAUUAUAGGAGUGGAUAUAUCCAACUUCUUCAAGCAUUUAUUGGUCAAAGGCGUCGUGGUGGUGACAGAGCUAGAUUUAGUUGCAUUUAGUUGUGUGUUUUGUUUUGGAUUUUGUUUUUUUAGAUCUUUGCUUGUUAGUACUAGGUUUUGCAUAUCUUCUAAUUUUUCAUUAUGCACCUAAUUAUUGCAUAAUAAUGUCUUUUCUUCUUAUUGAUUCAAGUAUGUCAAACAGUCACAUUGGUAAUUGAAGUUGAUGAAGUUUUUUGUUUA